GUAUCGCGGCGGCGGCAGCGGCGCAGCUCCUCCGGGUCCCCUCCCUCCUCCGCUCCCCUUUCCUCCCCUUCCCCUCCGCCGUGGUUCCCGAGGAGUCCGAGACCUGCGACGAGGCGGCGACAAGCUCUGGAGACAGAACGAGAGAACACAAGCAGGGGGAGCGGCAGAGGGAGAGAGAGGCUCCCGGCUGAGCAGGGACCCUGAUGCAGGGCUCAAUCCCAGGACCUGAGCUGAAGGCAGACGCUUAACUGACUGAGCCACCCAGGCGCCCGAGAACGUAUUCCCUAAAAAGAAAAGUAGUAGAAUGUGUGCUUGAACGAUUUUAUACAGAAAAUGAGUUUCUUUUCCAACAAACAUUGGUCAACUCACUAUCCAGAAAGUCCAUCCUCCCCAGAAGGGACAGAAAGGAAGACCUCUUUGUAAGAAAGGCUUGGGUAUCCCAUGAACCAGACAGCAGAAAACCGAUUGGGGUGCAGCAGGACUCCAGAGCCAGAUAUAAGGCUCAGAAAAGGGCACCAGCUGGAUGGUACAAGGAGAGGUGAUAAUGACAGCCACCAAGGAAAUUUGGAACCUGUUUUAGGGGCAUCUGUUCUUUCUUCCCACCAUAAAAAAAUCUCUGAGGAAUAUGAGUGCAAUGAUGUAGCUUCUCAGGAAGAUGAGGGGUUUAUGGGCAUGUCCCCUCUUUUACAAGCCCAUCAUGCUAUGGAAAGAAUGGAAGAAUUUGUUUGUAAGGUAUGGGAAGGUCGGUGGCGAGUAAUCCCUCAUGAUGUACUACCAGACUGGCUCAAGGAUAACGAUUUCCUUUUACAUGGACAUCGGCCCCCAAUGCCUUCUUUCCGGGCCUGUUUUAAGAGCAUUUUCAGAAUACACACAGAGACAGGUAACAUCUGGACACAUCUUUUAGGUUGUGUAUUUUUCCUGUGCCUGGGGAUCUUUUAUAUGUUUCGCCCAAACAUCUCCUUUGUGGCCCCUCUUCAAGAGAAGGUGGUCUUUGGAUUAUUCUUCUUGGGGGCCAUUCUCUGCCUUUCUUUUUCAUGGCUCUUCCACACGGUCUACUGCCACUCAGAAGGGGUCUCCCGGCUCUUCUCUAAACUGGAUUACUCUGGUAUUGCUCUUCUGAAUGGAAGUUUUGUUCCAUGGCUUUAUUAUUCUUUCUACUGUAAUCCACAACCUUGCUUUAUCUACUUAAUUGUCAUCUGUGUGCUGGGCAUUGCGGCCAUUAUAGUUUCCCAGUGGGACAUGUUUGCUACCCCUCAGUAUCGAGGAGUAAGAGCAGGAGUAUUUUUGGGCCUUGGCCUGAGUGGAAUCAUUCCUACCUUGCACUAUGUCAUCUCGGAGGGAUUCCUGAAGGCCGCCACCAUAGGGCAGAUUGGCUGGCUGAUGCUGAUGGCCAGCCUUUAUAUCACAGGCGCCGCCCUCUAUGCUGCCCGCAUCCCUGAACGCUUUUUUCCUGGCAAGUGUGAUAUCUGGUUUCACUCUCAUCAGCUGUUUCACAUCUUUGUGGUUGCUGGCGCUUUUGUUCACUUCCAUGGCGUCUCAAACCUCCAGGAGUUCCGUUUCAUGAUUGGCGGAGGCUGCAGUGAAGAGGAUGCACUGUGACACCUUCCAGAAGCUGGGGACUGUGACCCUGAACAGGCCCUGCAGCGUCUGCAGGCCUCCCUUACUGGCCAUUGAUGCCAGUGCCAGAGGAGCCCCAAAAUUUGGACAGCCUCGUGGGCUUUGUGAUGCCCCUGGGGCUCCACCUGGUACACGACUGAAAAGAGAAAAGCAAAAAUAAAUCAUACCUCAAAGGAUGGAGUGCAUCAAUUUGGAGAAAAGGAGAAAUGGCCCAAACCUUGACUUAUAAUUGGGAUCUACUGAUUGAGGGCUCUGCACGACCUUGGCAAACUGGCUUCUGAUCCGUGUCACAUUUCUUUGUAGAAGAUGGGAACACAGUUUAGCUGGUGGUUCGUUCUUCUCCCUUUCUCUCUCAAAUCAAUAAUACAAACCAAUUUAGGUGAACAUUUAUAUCCUAUUAAAGGGUGGGAAUGUGAUUUUAGAUGCUCUUUUGGGAGAACAAAGAAAUUAAUGUAAAUAAGAUUUCUAACUUACUGUUUAAAAUAAGAAUUUAUAUAAAUGUUUAAAACAGGGGUAUGGGAGGGAGGGGAAUUUUGUAUAGAAUGAAACAUGCAAGUACCACACACUGUUUCAAUUUUGCACAAAGUGACUGUAGGAGGAUCAGGUGAUGGCCCCAGAAUGUAUAAUGCCUUGGUGCACCAAGGUGCCUUCUAAAGGCUGGCAUAACUUGGACCCUGUGGGGCAGAAAGUACAGCUCCAGCCCAGUGAUCACAUGACCACUCUCAUGUCUGAGAGCCUUUGGGAGUCCCAAGGUAGAGGGAAGCUGUAUGUGUUUUCUCAGUGGAAGCAGCAUGUGAAUGGCUGACAGGAUGUUAGAUAAAGGCUCUAGUUAAGGUAUCACUCGAGAGGCUGGUUUUCUGUGCUGAGAGUGACCCCUUCUAAAGAGUAGAGCCAUUUACUUGGGAAAGUCAAUUAUGCCAGCAAAGGGGUAGUGGAGACAGUGGGGGGAGCUCUGGAAGUGUUAGCCCAGAGGCUGAUCUGAUUACGUCCUGGCAUCCUAUUCAAUUUUGUGGUGAUUUUUAUCUGCAGGGAUGUGACAGUUUUCCAUAUCUUUGCUGUGGAGCUCUGGAACGCCCCAGAAAUUUCCUUCUGUUAACAGGCACUGCCCCUAACCACCCUUCCCGCCUCUUGGGAAUACAAAUGGACUUUUCCCUGGCAUCAUAGCUCCUGGCACGGAGCCAGCCACAAAAGAGACUCUGACUUGCCCAGGUGCCUCCUGAGCUCAUUUACAUAGGUUGGGAGAAUGCUUCCUUUGGAUCAGAAAAGGUGAAUUUCACCUCUGGCACCACUGUCUUAGUGAGCCUAGUCGUGACACACAUAUCAGCUGUCCUUGAACAAGAAAGCCAGUAGAACUCUAUUGUAAAGCAAGGUCUGGUACCCACCUUGGAGUCAUCAGUAUUCCCUGAACCCCAAUUUUUGGGGAUAGUGUGGUGGGAAGUUGUGAAAGAAAAUGGUAUGUUAUUGCCAGGGAGUCUGGUACAGCUGUAUCUUUAAAGAGCUGCUAGAAGUAGAAAAAAGGUUGCUCAUGCCCCAGAGGUACCCUGUUAUGGUGUCAGGGAAAGUAGUAGGGGAAGGAUCUGGUUCAUAGAAUUCUAAUCUUGGCUCACAGACAAACCACCAAAAUAGCACUUGAGUCUUAGGUUACUUGCUGUCACCCAAGACUUCAGGUGAUUGAGUUACAUCUUGGGGAUUGUGGGUUUUAGAACUAAACAUUGAAGCCCUAAGCGCAGGGGCUGGCACCCUCCAAUAGGUGUUUGGUGUAUGGGAAGGGUCUCCUAUCCAGCAGAGCAUUUUCUUGGUUAUUAAUCUCCUUUCUCUCCCCUUCCAAUCUCCAGCGAAAGCUGGGUACCAAGAAGAAGGACUCCAUUGUAGAACUGGGGAAGAACUUGAAAGUAUUUUGGUUCUGGGUAAGGUCACUGCCUUGGGUGCCAGGGGACCCAGCAAAAGACUUGAGUGGGUGAACUGGUGCAAUGCCUGACAGAAUAAAGAACAGUAUUACUCCCUUUGAGGGAAUAGUCCAGCAGGGCAGUGGCCAUCUGGAAGGAAGGACACUUAAUCUCAUGGAAGCAACAGCACAUAUCAGAAGCCAGACUUGCUCUUUGGUCAUGCACUUUGGGAUACAGGGUAUAAGAUGCAGCCCUGUAACAACAACGACAGAAGUAGUAGUUUCUGGGCCCAGUCACCCCACACCCCAAAGGAGGAGCUGAAUCUGGUUCAACAUAGCACAAACUGUUAGGAAAAAUGAAAUUAACAUCAGUGAUGUGUAAUCCAGUAAAAAUCUCCCUCUUUAGGGUGUGUGUGCGAGUGUGUGUGUGCGUGCCCCCAUUUAUAUGUGUGUGUCUAUGUGCAGCUCACUACCAACAGCCUCACUGUGCACUUGGUCUUCACAGUGCUCGCUGAGAACUCUCACCAGGUUGGCGCCUGAAUGCCUUACUCUCAGCAUCAGAGGCUUGCUUGCUCUGUGCAGAUUUUUAAUUUUCUUUGUUGGCCCUAGGCUGGUUAGGACCUCUCGAGCUUCAUUCUUUCACCAUUAAAUAGUGGCCUUUUUCAGUAUUUUCCCCCCUUCUCCUUUAUAAAUUGCUGAAGCCACAAAGCACAUUUUGGGGAUCAUAGAAGGUUGGGGUUCCAGAAAGGCCUCUGUGUGAUGGUUCCAUUCACCAUGGGAUUUCCCUUACUUGCUGUAUUCUCAACUUCUAAUAAAAAGAACCAAAUGGAAUAUGAA